AAAAAAGCAAAAUGACUUUUUCUCUGUUUAUUCUUGGGAAAGAUAUACUUUGUCCUUCUACUCAUCCAUGGCCACCAAAUCGGGCAAUGAGGACACUGGUACGCCAUCCGUGAAUCCUAAACGGAAAUCUAUUUUAUCCGACCUCGGCAUCAAACCCGGAGCCGCGCCGCGAUCCUCUUCGGCUGCAGGGACGACCAAGCCCGCAACAACGACGGUCAAGCGCGCUAAUACAGUCACUGGUGCAGGGCGAGCGUCGGUCACACCCAAAACAACUGCUCGACCGAGGCCUAGUUCCAUCGUCGGCGAUGCGAAACUGUCAGGGAAAGAAAGUCCGGAAUUCAAAACUGUACCUUCAUCACCGGCGGUGCAGCGAUCGACCAGUGUCCGAAGUCGAACAAGCAACUCGUCAUCCGGAAGUUCGGCUGGACGCAAGACACCUUCUUCCAUUACUGUGGAUCGCUCUCAUCGUAGCUCCGCCCCACUCGGUUCUCCUACGACCCCGACACCUACAGCUAACAAACGCCGGUCCAUCGUUCCCACCACGUCCUCUCAGCGACCGCCUCCUCCGCGUUCCCCUUUGACGCGAAGAGCAUCAACCGUUAGCACUGCCACCACACCAAGCAACAGUACCAAACGGUUAUCCUCUACUGCGGGAUUGGACCUCACUCCGGAACUGAAAACGCUCAAGGAAAAGAAAAAGAGGAGUUACUGGCUCAAAAGGAAUCACUGUUGCAAAAGUUGCAAGAGCGUGUUGAUCACCUUGAAAAAGAACGCGGUGAAGUUUUGGAAUCAGAAAUGCCGAUGCUUUCCUCUUCCAAGGUACCAAAUCACCAAGCAGUUACGGAGAUUAAUUCUGGCAGCGACACUUCAAAGACGAAAAGCGGAUCAGACGGCGUUGCUGCAGAGCACAUUAAGGCUGCCAUUCGACGUGAAGUAAAACAAGAACUGGAGAAUGCUCAUAAAGCAGCUAUGGAUAAGCUCCUAGAAGAGCAAGAAGCAAGAUUACGUAC